AUGAUAUCUACAUCCUUAUCUUUCGAUUUACAGCCCCCUAUCUUGAUUUUGUUCGGCCCACCAAAAUCCUGUUUGGGCGGUGCUAUAAGCGGCACGAUUCGAAGUAAUUUGAAACCGAUGCUGAUUUGCAGAGCGGCGCUGAUAUGCGUAACAACUACCAGGAACUCUUGUUGUAGACAGUGCAAUACGACAAAAACUGUAGUGGACUUCACGACAUUUCAAACCAACAUUGGCGAGUAUCAAGUCCCAAUCUGGUUCAACGUUCCUGGGAACUCACCGUCGUCUACAAAGUGUAUUUUCGGAUCCGUCGCUUAUCAUAUUCAGGCAACGGUCGAGUUUAAUAACGGCAUGAGUGUGGAAAUCCAUGAGCGUCUCAAAAUAUCAAGAAGCGAAUAUGACAUCCACCAACUUUCUUUUCGAUUCCCCCCUCCUCUAUCGCCAGCGGCACCGUCUUAUGAUGGUGUCCAGUUCUUCAUACCCUCCGUUUUCACAAUUGGGGAGUCUUUCCGCCUAAAGUUUGAGCUUCGAACAAUUGGGGGAUGGCAACUCGACUCUAUGGAGAUCAAGGCCUAUCAAAACAUAGAAAGUAUCGGGAUUCCUUGCCAAAGCCAUACUAAAAAACGCGACCAUACAUUUAUACAGUGCAGGAGUAACUUGGUUGCCGAGCUCAUAUGCCAAGAUAGUUGGAAAAUUUCUGGCCGAACCCCAAAUCAACUCACAGUAGGGGAGCUUGAAGUACCCUUUCAAGGAGGAGAAUUGGCCGAGACUAUGGUUUCCAGCCAUUCAAAGGGCAAGUUAACUAUUUCGCACAUAUUUGUCAUUACAAUUUUUCUAGCCGAGAAGAAGGUAGGACUACACGUAGAACCCUUAAAUAAGAAGAGAUCGGGAGUCUAA